AUGACAUAUCACCCACAAACCAAUAGGCAAGCUGAAGUGUCCAACCGGGAGAUUAAGCAAAUCCUAGAAAAUGUGGUGAAUCUUAGAAGGAAUGACUGGUCCCCGAAGCUGGACGAAGCACUUGGGGCUUAUCGGAUGGAAUUUAAAACACCUUUAGGAAUGUCACCUUUCAAGAUGGUAUAUGAGAAAUCAUGCCACCUACUUGUGGAGUUAGAGCAUAAGGCAUAUUGUGUUAUCAAGAAGCUGAACUUCAACGCACAACUAGCUGGGGAGGAAAUAUUUCUUGAUCUUAAUGAAAUAGAAGAAUUUCAACCAUAA